CGACGCGUCUGAGAAACACGGACAGUGGUGCACGUACGAAGACGAAGCAGAGUGAAAUGUACAAAAUAUCUCAAACUAACUCAAAAAACAACAUGAAGUCGUGUACACUGCUCUUCCUCCUGCUCCAGGGGAUACAGCUACACCGAGCCACAGCCAUGGUCCACAUGCUGAAAUAUUUUCACACUUUUUCGUCUCAAGUCCCAAACUUCCCGGAGUUUGUUUCUGUUGGAUAUGUGGACGAUCUUCAGAUCACUCACUACGACAGUAACACCAGGAAAUAUGUCCCCAAACAGGAGUGGAUGAAUAAAAUCACAGAGGAGGAGCCUCAGUACUGGUUUACGAACACACAAAUCAGUUUGGAGAAUCAGCAGACAGAGAAAGUCACCAUGGAGACUGUAAAGCAGCGUCUAAAUGUGACUGAAGGUGUCCAUCUUUGGCAGAACAUGUACGGCUGUGACUGGGACGAUGAGACAAAUGAGAUCAGAGGAUAUGAUCAAUACGCUUUUGAUGGAGAAGAUUUUAUAGCUUUUGACCUUGAGACUGAGACAUUUGUGGCUCCAAAACAACAGGCCUUUAUCACCAAACUGAACUGGGAGAAGAUGGGAUAUGGUGGCCAUCAGAAAAACUACAUCACUCAUCAAUGUGUUGAGUAUCUGAAGAAACAUGUGCACAACGGAGCACACGUUCUGAAGAGAACAGAGCUCCCCCUGGUGUCCCUGCUGCAGAAGUCCUCCUCAGGUCCAGUCACGUGCCACGCCACACGCUUCUACCCCGACAGAGCCAUGCUGUUCUGGACCAAAGACGGAGUGGAGGUGACGGAGGACGUGGACCCUGGAGAGAUCCUGCCCAACGGAGACGGGACCUUCCAGACCAGUGUGUCCCUGGACCUGUCCUCUGUCCCCCCUGAGGACUGGGACAGGUUCAACUGUGUGUUCCAACUGUCCGGGGUCCAAGACGACUAUGUGACCAGACUGGACCGGACCAAGAUCUUGACCAACGAGGAGACGCCCACAGUUGUCGUCUCUGUGUUGGUUCCUCUCGCUGUCGCUCUGGUCACCUCGCCGUCGUCUUUGUACUGGAGAUUUGGAGUUUCAGCCAAAAGGCCCAUGACUCCUCCAAGUGAAACAAAGGAAGACAGUUCUGACCCCACAGAAGUCUUUCUCAAACAGAAGAACAAGAGCUCAAAAAUGACCUAAAGGUUUGGUGUGUGUGUGUGUGUGUGUGUGUGUGUGUGUGUGUGUGUGUGUGUGUGUG